AUGGAUGUGUGGUUCCAGUUAAAGGCAAAUAAUAAAUAUAAGAAUAUAAUGCUGCACUUUUUUGAGAUAGCAACGGAAAACAUGCUGUUAAUAGAAAUGUCUCCAGUUGGUAUCUUGAUUCCGUUUUCUUUUAUACAGCUGAAUUAUAAAACGCGAUACUGUUACUUCUUAAAACGCGAUUCUGUUGUACUUACGGGUGAUAAUUGCCAAGAAAUGCUAUUGAUUGGCGAAAUGAUGCCGAAUUCUUUUGAUGAAUUGGCCACUAUUGUACAAGAUGUUUUCAUUCCUAUUUUGACAAAUCCAGAAAAUCGCCAUGAAUGGCCAGCAGUAAUUGCCGAAGACGUAAAGAGGCAUAUUUAUGAACUUCGUAAUUUAAUAUGUGAGAUUAAAAGUAAAAUUGGUGGAGAAACGAUGUUGCCAAUGCCGAUGGAUAUUGAGCAGAUCUUUGGAGAAGAUCCAGUAUCAUUGAAACUAAAGGCGAACAUUGAGGAAACUGUUGUGAAGUGGUCAAAAAAUAUUAGCGAGGUUCUCUCUAUAUUUUUUAUACCAGAAGAAUAUCCUGUGCCUAAAGAUGAAAUUACAUUUUGGAGAAAAAGACUUAAUAAUGUGGAGUUAAUUUAUGAUCAAUUGAGAGAUCCACGAGUCAAGAGAAUGGCAAUAAUAUUAGAAAAAUUUAAGAGUCCUUAUCUAGAAUCUUUAGAAAAUAAUUUUAAAACUAUUGUUGGUGCUGUAGUUGAAGCACGUGAGAUUUGUUUAUACUUAUUGCCACUCGAAAAGCUUUUUCAAGAAAUUGAAAACCAGUCCAAUUUUUUGUUGAUUGAAUCGAAAUUAAAACCUUUAAUGCAUUGUAUUUGCUUGACUUGGUCUCGUUCGAAAUACUAUUGCAAAAGUACAAAUAUUGUGACGCUUUUCCAAGAAUUUACGAAUCUAAUUAUUAUGAAGGCUUCUGAUUAUUUGGAUCCAGGUUCACUAUUUCAAGGAGAAAGUGAAGACAGUUGGAAUAAAAUUAAUCAAACUAUAAAAACUGUCGAUCAUUAUAAAGAAGUUUUUAAUAUUUUUCGCGGCAAAGUCGUAAGCUACUUUCGCAACACGCGAGAUCCACUUGGUUGGAAUUUUCAUGAAAAAUUAAUCUUUGAAAGACUAUUCAAGUUUUCUGAGCGUUUAAAACAGUUAAAGAUUAUUUUUGAGAUUGCACGAGAGUAUUUUAAAUUAGAAAAAAUUGAAAUUGCUGGACUUAAAGGUAGAAAAUUAGGACCAAUGGUUUUAGAGAUUUAUGAAAGUUUUAUAAAGUUUUACAGUAAUUUUUCAAAUGUCAACUACGAUAUGUUACUACCUGAAGAUUCUAAGUUUGAUAAUGAUCUACAAACAUUUUUCGCUCAGAUUGAAGAAUUUGAUAGAAGAUUAGGUACGAUUUUUUAUCAAGCUUUCUCAGAAUGUCAUACGUUAGAAAGCAUGAAUAAAUUUAUUUUAAAUAUUGGAACAAUAGUUAACAAACCAAUUAUUUUUCAACAAUUAUGGCCGUAUUAUGAAACGAUAUUAAUUAAAUUACACGAAGAAAUAGAUACGGUAAAAGUGAUAUUUGAUAAAAAUGUAAUAUUAUUUCAAAAUAACGAUUACAUAGAUAUCGAUGAAAAUUUUUCUCCAAUAGCGAGUAAAUUUUGUUUUUUAAGAAAAUUAAAAAUUCGUAUUGGGAAUGCAAUCGAAUGGACUAAAACCAUAGAACAUCCAAUUAUACAUUCUAAUUCCAUGAUAUUUGCUAUGGAAAAAUAUAAUGAACUUCUUAAAUUAAUAAAUGAGAAAGAAGAAGAAAUUUUUGUACAAUGGGCAGAAAAAGUACCGGAAUUAUGUGAAAUUGGGUUAUUAAAAACUUUAUUUCUUAAAGAAGAGGAUGAACAAUUAGCAAGCAAUUUUGACGAAAAUUUGGGAACAAUUAUACGUGAAGCAAAAUUUAUGAUAAUGAUUUUGGACAUAACAGAUUUACCGAUUGAAGCUUUAGAUAUUUUUGAGAGGGCUACCUUUUUUUAUGAUAGCAGUUUAAAGGUUAAUAAUAUUGCAAAACGGUACAAUCAAAUAAAUAACUCAACAUCUGAAAUUGAAACAUUUUUAAUUAAUGAUGAAAUGCGAACAAUUAAUGAGCUGCUAGAUUAUGCUCAAGAAAAUUAUACUUGGAAUACACCUGAUGUAGCUGAAUAUGUAGAGAAGUUGCAUGAUAUAGUUACAACGCUCCAUCAACGAAUUUUCCUCGCUCAAGAUAAUCUAGCAAAAUUGUUUUCACGACUUAAUAGCUGGGCAAAAACUCCAGUUAUCAAGCGAAAGGACAAUAAGGUCAACAAGUUAUUAGCUAUUGGUGAUAGAAAGGAAAUAUUUAAGAAGAGGUAUGAUUUGAUAUCAUCCGAUGCGGAAGAAAUUGAUCGGGUCCUCGAAUUAAACUACAAACUAUAUUUCGAUUUGAUCCCUGAUCGAAUAGAAUUAUAUGAAGCUAAUGAAGUUUCAGUAAAUGAAGAGGAGGAAGAACGCAGUAUGAGGGAAGAAAAAACAGAGACAGUAAGCGAUACAAUUACGGAAACUGAAGAAAAAACAGAAAUGGAAGAAGUAUCUGAAGUGUCCCUAUCACCUUCUGAGAAACUUCGUCGUGAAGAAGUGUCGGCUAUGGAAGCUGAGCUCGAAGAGCAACAUCGAGAAAAAUGGAAAAUGUACUUAACAUAUGUUGAUGAACUCGUCGUCAAAGUCCUUAUUCAAGCCAUUACAACCAGUAUUCGUUAUAUAAUCAAUGAAACGGAUGAGAUGGCAGACAUAAAACCUCUAUUUGAGAUACAGCUUUUACUAGAGCCCUGGGGUAUCGUAUAUGAUCCAUCCGUAGAUAUCAAUGAUUCAUCGAGUUUUUACGCCCUUUACGAGGAUAUUAUGCUUGAUAUUAUGAGAAUGGCUACUUUAAUACCAAGAAUUGAUUCCAAACUGAUACCUGAUCGCGAGUUUUAUACAAUUGACAUGGCUGAAAACGAAGAGAUAAUAGUAAUUCUUGAAGAUACUGCAACUCGGUUUAAAAAAGUAUCAAGACAAGCUAAAGAAUAUGCAAAGAGAUUCGAAGAAUAUUCGUGGCUUUGGCUAGAUGACACGGAUUUGUACUUAGAGUUUUUUUUGCACUUUGCUCGUACUCCCACUGAAGACGAAAAAAUCCAUGUGGCUCAAACUGGAAAUUUUGAAACGUUGAAUUCACAAUCUUUUCAUAAGCCAGAACUAGGGGAUUUCAAAAGCGAAUUGGAUAGAUUUUUAGAUCUAUACAAUACAUGCAAUACAAUUGAGAAUACAAGAAUUUUCAAUAAAUGGUUGAGGGUUAAUUUAGCGGCAAUGAAGCAGGGUUUUCUUAAUACCAUUUGCAAGUGGUCGAACAUACUGAAACAACACUUAGUUAAUCGUGUUAAUAGAAGUUUGGAAGACUUGACAGAAUUUUUCAAGCAAGCUCAUACACGAUUUGUACAACCUGUAGAAAAAGACGAUUAUGACGGCCUUCUUAACACAAUUUAUUAUUUGAAGGAAGUUAGAGAUCGUACAUAUGAAAUUGACCAUAUAUUUAUACCUAUUAAAGAUACCAUUCAAUUAUUAUAUGAAUAUCAAGUGGAAUUUAAUGAAGAAACUCAUAAUUCUUUAAUAGAACUACCAGAGUAUUGGACCUCAAUAAAGAAAAUGGCAUCACAAGUUAAACAAAUAGUUGCACCUCUGUUUACCGCACAAGUUGAUUGGCUAAAGAAAAAACUUACGUACUUCGAUUAUCGCCAACGAAAAUUAUUAGUAAAAUUUCACAGCAACGAAGCCUUUAAUCCUGAAUGCGAAGAUACAUAUACAGUUCUUGACGUCAUGAAUUUGCAUGUAUUCGAGUUAUUAGAAGAACUACAGGAGAUGACUCGAACUUCGGAAAUAUUUGAACAACCAAUGCCCGAAUUCAAGGAAAUUGAGCAGGUUCGUCGAGAAAUAAAAAUGUUGAAGAAACUGUGGGACUACAUAAAUGUAAUUGUUUCGAAUCUAGACGAAUGCAAGAAAACUAUAUGGAAGAAGUUAGAUAUAGAAGGCAUUGAUAUUGAAUGCAAAAAAUUCACAAGGGAAUUAAGACUUUUAGAUAAAGAAGUAAAGUCUUGGGAAUUGUAUCGGUUCAUUGAAAAUCAGUUACGAAACAUGAUGUCAUCUUUAAGAUCUGUUUCAGAAUUGCAAAAUUCAGCAAUUAAGGAGAGACAUUGGCAACAAUUGAUGGCUGAAACUAAGGUGAAAUUUACAAUGAACGAUAAAACAACGCUCGCUGAUCUAUUAAAACUUGAUUUGCAUAAAUAUGAAGAAGAAGUGAAAAAUGUCGUUGAUAAAGCUGUUAAAGAAAUGGCAAUGGACAAGAUAUUAAAUGAAUUGAAUAGUGUAUGGAAUCAACUAGAAUUUGAAAGAGAUUUCUAUGACAGAACAAAAUUAUAUAUUUUACGAAUUAAUGAAGAGACAAUAGAUAUAUUAGAGGAAAAUCAAGUACAACUGCAAAAUAUGCUAGCUUCAAAGUUUAUUGGCUACUUUUUAAAAGAAGUAUCAGUUUGGCAAGAAAAAUUAUCUAAAGCAGAUGCAGUCAUUAAUAUUUGGUUUGAGGUGCAAAGAGCAUGGGUGCAUUUAGAAAGUAUUUUCAUCGGUUCUGAGGAUAUUAGAAACCAAUUGCCCGAGGAUUCGAAGCGAUUUGAAAAAAUUGAUCGAGAUUUCAAAGAUUUGCUACGAGAUAUGUCAUUAAAUUUGAAUAUAGUUAAGGCAACGAAUAAACCAUAUUUACUUGAAAAACUCGAAGAGUUAGAAAAGCAAUUAAAUUUGUGUGAAAAAGCACUUGCUGAUUAUCUAGAAACAAAGAGGCUGAUUUAUCCAAGAUUUUAUUUUAUUUCUCCUGCAGAUCUACUUGAUAUUUUGAGCAAUGGAAAUCAUCCUGAAUUAGUUUGUAAGCAUUUAUCAAAAUUAUACGAUUCCAUUGCUAAUUUAACAUGGAAAGUGGAAAAUGGAAAAUAUACUAAGAUAGCGUAUGAAUUUAUUGCGAAAGAUGGAGAAAAUAUGAAGAUGUAUGGAUUAUGUGACUGUAGUGGAAAAGUAGAAGUAUGGUUAAAUCGAGUCACAGAGUCAAUGAAACGCACAGUAAGAUUUCACUUUAGUCAAGCUGUAAACUCUUAUGUUCAAAAACCUCGAGAUGAGUGGUUAUUUGAUUAUGAAGCUCAACCAGCACUUUGUGGUACGCAAAUUUGGUGGACUAGUGAAGUAAACAUGGCAUUUGCCAGAUUGGAAGAGGGUUUUGAAAAUUCUUUAAAAGAUUAUCAGAAGAAACAGAGUGUUCAAUUAAAUGUUCUGAUUUCAUUGCUAAUCGGGAAUCUAACAGAAAAUGAUAGACAAAAGAUCAUGACAAUUUGUACAAUAGAUGUCCAUGCUAGGGAUGUUGUUGCCAAGUUGAUUACAAUGAAAGCUGAGACGGCUUCAAGUUUUCAAUGGCAAUCACAAUUAAGACAUCGAUGGGACAAUAAACUUGGUGACUGUUUUGCAAAUAUUUGUGACGCGUGCUUCGGUUAUUGUUAUGAGUAUCUUGGCAAUACACCUCGCCUCGUUAUAACACCGCUUACUGAUCGCUGUUACAUUACAUUAACACAAUCAUUGCACUUGAUAAUGGGAGGAGCACCCGCAGGACCAGCUGGUACUGGUAAAACUGAGACAACCAAAGAUCUUGGCCGAGCAUUAGGACAGAUGGUUUACGUUUUCAAUUGCUCUGAACAAAUGGAUUAUAAGUCUUGCGGAAACAUUUAUAAGGGCCUUGCCCAAACCGGUGCUUGGGGUUGUUUUGACGAAUUCAAUCGCAUCAGCGUAGAGGUACUUUCCGUAGUAUCAGUUCAGGUAAAAUGCGUAUUGGAUGGUAUAAAGAACCACAAGAAAACUUUUAUGUUCUUUGGACAAGAACUAAACCUCAUUUCAACUGUUGGCAUGUUUAUUACUAUGAAUCCUGGAUAUGCAGGUAGAACAGAACUGCCUGAAAAUUUGAAAGCACUUUUUAGGCCUUGCGCUAUGGUAGUACCCGAUUUUGAAUUGAUUUGCGAGAUCAUGUUGGUAGCCGAAGGCUUUCAAGAGGCACGAUUACUUGCCCGCAAGUUUAUCACUCUUUACACACUAUGCCGAGAACUAUUGUCUAAACAAGAUCAUUAUGAUUGGGGUCUCAGAGCUAUAAAAUCCGUGCUUGUAGUAGCGGGUAAGCUGAAGAGAGAUGAUCAUCUUAGGCCCGAAGAUCAGGUCCUUAUGCGCGCUCUCCGAGACUUCAAUACGCCCAAGAUCGUCACUGACGACGUGCCAAUUUUUAUGGGUCUUAUCGGUGAUUUGUUCCCUGCUUUAGAUGUGCCAAGAAAACGUGAUCUCGAUUUUGAAAAGAAAGUUAGAGAAGCUACUUUAGAUUUGAAUUUACAACCUGAAGAUGGUUUUAUAUUAAAAAUUGUACAACUUGAAGAAUUAUUAUAUGUUCGUCAUUCCGUCUUUAUCGUUGGUUUUGCUGGAACGGGUAAAUCACAAGUUUGGAAAACACUUUAUAAAACAUAUCAAAAUAAUAAACUGAAACCUUAUUUUAAUGAUUUGGAUCCAAAAGCUGUAACGAAUGAUGAACUUUUUGGAAUUAUUAAUCCAGCAACUAGAGAAUGGAAAGAUGGUUUGGUGUCCAUACUGAUGCGUGAUCAAGCAAAUAUGCAAGGCGAUGGACCGAAGUGGAUAAUCUUUGACGGAGAUAUCGAUCCUAUGUGGAUUGAAUCACUUAAUACAGUCAUGGACGACAACAAAGUUUUGACUUUAGCCAGCAAUGAACGAAUUGCUCUCACUAAGCAAAUGAGGCUUCUUUUCGAAAUAUCAAACUUAAGAACGGCUACUCCAGCUACCGUUUCAAGAGCUGGAAUUCUCUAUAUCAACCCACAAGAUCUAGGAUGGAGUCCAUUUAUCCAAAGUUGGAUUGAUACUCGAGACUCUGGUGAACGAGCAAAUCUUAUGAUACUUUUUGAGAAAUAUAUACCAAUAUUACUUGAUGUAAUGAAAUCAAAAUUCAAAAAAAUUACUCCAAUUCCUGAAAUCUGUCAUCUUGAAAUGCUUUGUAAUUUAUUAGAUUGCUUUUUAACCAAAGAAAAUGUACCUCCUGAUUGUCCAAAGGAAUGGUAUGAGUUAUAUUUCACUUUUGCUUGCAUUUGGGCUUUUGGAUCGACAUUAUUUCAAGACCAGUUAGUUGACUGGCGUAAUGAAUUCAGCAAAUGGUGGGUGACAGAAUUUAAAGUUGUCAAAUUUCCAUCGGGUAGUAAUAUUUUCAACUAUUUUAUUGAUCAAAAAACGAAAAAAUUAUUGCUUUGGGAAGAAAUUGUUGGGAAAUUUGAACUCGAUCCGGAUACACCACUGCAGUCAAUGCUGGUGCCAACAGCUGAGACUGUACGCAUACGAUUUUUCAUGGACAUGCUAAUGGCACGCAAUGUUCCGGUGAUGUUGAUUGGCAACGCCGGAACUGGUAAAAGCGUUAUGGUCGCUGAUAAACUAUCUAGUCUAUCAGAAAACUACUGCAUAGCAAAUGUACCCUUCAAUUUUUACACAACGUCAGAAAUGUUGCAAAGAAUUUUAGAAAAACCGCUUGAGAAGAAAGCUGGUCAUAAUUAUGGUCCUCCAGCCGGGAAAUCAUUAAUUUAUUUCAUUGACGAUAUGAACAUGCCGGAAGUAGAUACGUAUGGAACUGUUCAACCACAUACUAUAAUUCGUCAACACAUGGAUUAUAAUCAUUGGUAUGAUAGACAGAAAUUUGUAUUAAAAGAUGUUAGUAAUACUCAAUAUAUUUCGUGCAUGAAUCCAACAGCUGGUGCUUUUACUAUUGAUCCAAGAUUACAGCGUCACUUUGCUGCUUUUGCUGUAAGCUUUCCCGGUAAAAAUGCACUUAUUACAAUCUAUAGUCAGAUUUUGGAACAACAUUUGACAAAUCCAUUUAACAAAAUAUCUCCAGCCAUAAAUAAAGUAACUGAUCAAUUAAUAGCAUGUGCUAUGUAUCUUCAUGACAAAGUCACUGUGAAUUUCUUGCCAACAGCUACAAAAUUUCAUUAUGUCUUCAAUUUAAGAGAUCUUUCAAAUAUCUUCCAAGGUAUUUUAUUUGCAAAUGAUAACACAAUACCGCACAUUGAGGCUUUUUAUCGUCUUUUUAUUCAUGAGGCUUCUCGAGUUUAUUCUGAUAAAUUAGUUGAUUUGGAAGAUAAAAAUCUUUUUGACAACCUUAUUCGUGAAGCUUUGCGAAAAAAUUUACCCGCAUUCGAUGAAAAUUUAAUUUUUACUGAGCCUCUAAUAUUCUGUCAUUUUGCUGGCGGUAUCGGCGAUCCAAAAUAUAUGGCAAUACAAGACUGGCGUCAUCUUAAAAAAUUAUUGAACGAUGCUCUUACGAGUUAUAAUGAAUUGGUGGCUGCAAUGAGUUUAGUAAUGUUUGAAGAUGCUAUGUAUCAUGUUUGUCGAAUAAAUAGAAUUCUGGAAUCUCCAAGGGGUAACGCGUUACUAGUUGGCGUCGGUGGUAGCGGAAAGCAAUCUCUAUCACGACUAUCUUCAUAUAUUUCCACUUUACAAGUUUUUCAAAUACAAUUAAGAAAGGGGUACUCUAUGAAUGAUCUUAAAGCAGAUUUGUCUCUUCUUUACUUAAAAGCUGGUGUGAAGAACAUUGGCAUAACAUUCCUAAUGACAGAUUCACAAGUUGCGCAAGAAAAGUUUUUGGUUGUUGUGAACGAUAUGUUGGCUUCUGGAGAAAUUGUAGAUCUCUUUCCAGAUGAUCAAAUCGAGGGUAUAAUCGGUGCAAUGAAAAAUGAGGUUAAGCAGGCGGGAAUACCGGACUCUAAAGAGAAUUGCUGGAAAUUCUUCAUAGAAAAAGUCCGAAGGCUAUUAAAAUGCAUUCUCUGUUUUUCUCCAGUCGGUGCGACAUUACGUAAAAGAGCCAGACAAUUUCCAGCUAUAGUCAAUUGCACAUCGAUCAACUGGUUUCAAGAUUGGCCACAGUCAGCAUUAGAAUCAGUGUCUUUACAAUUCCUCUCCGAACUUAAUGCACUGCCUGCGGAAAGUCGUAAUCAAGUUUCUUUAUUUAUGUCAUACGCGCACACGAGUGUCAAUGAAAUUUCCAAACUUUAUCUUCAUAAUGAAAGGAGAUAUAACUAUACAACGCCCAAAUCAUUUCUGGAACAAAUUGCCUUAUAUUCCAAACUAUUAAAUGAGAAAACGUUUGAUUUACAAUCUAUGAUCGAAAGAUUAGUAAAUGGUUUGGAAAAGCUCGAUUCUUGUGCUGGACAAGUUGAUGAAUUAAAAGAGGUUUUAGCUAUACAAGAAGUUGAUCUAAAAAAAAAAAAUGACGAAGCUGAUAAAAUUUUAUCAGAGGUUACAGCUGAAAAUACGAAAGCAGAAGUUGAAAAGGCUUUUGUAUCCGAGGAAGAGUUUAAAGUUGCGGAUAUCAAAGAAAAUGUUUUACAAAACCAAAGAAGAUGCGAUGAAGAUUUAGCAAAAGCUGAGCCUGCAGUUCGAUCAGCUGAAGAAGCUUUGAAUACUUUAAAUAAGAAUAACUUAACGGAAUUGAAAGCCUUUGCAUCACCACCACUAGCGGUUGCGAAAGUAGCACAAGCAGUUCUGGUUCUUUUUUCACCUAAGGGCAAAGUUCCCAAAGACAGAUCUUGGAAAGCUUGCAAAAUUAUGAUGGGUAGAGUCGAUCAGUUUCUUUCAAAUCUUAGAAACUAUGACAAGGGAAAUAUUCAUCCUGAAGUUAUUAAAGCCAUUAAACCUUACAUCGAGGACAAAGAAUUUGAUCCGGAAUUUAUUCGCUCGAAGUCCAACGCAGCUGCUGGCUUAUGUAGUUGGGUAAUAAACAUCAUGGUUUUUUACUCCAUAAAUGAGACCGUAAAACCGUUGAGGCAGGCUUUAGUGCAGGCGAAUGCAGAGCUGAAAGCUGCAAUGGAUAAACUAAUUACAUUGCAAACACGUUUAGGAGAAUUACAAAAGAUGCUCGAUGUAUUAGGUUUGAAAAUGGACGUUGCAAUGGCUGAUAAAAAGAAGUGUCAAGACGAAGCAGACGCCACUGCGAUAGCGAUUGAUUUAGCAAACAGACUUGUGAAUGGGCUUGGUUCAGAAAAAAUUCGUUGGGCGGAAACUGUUGAAAAGCUGAAAACAUCGGGUGAAAAGAUCCCAGGUGAUAUUUUGCUGGUUACAGCCUUCAUAUCAUAUGUGGGUUGUUUUGGACGCAAGUAUCGGUUGGAUUUAAUGAACAUUCAUUGGUUACCAUACUUAAAAGAGCUAAAUCCAUCAAUACCCACAACCGAAGGUUUAGAUCCUCUGACACUGUUAACAGACGAUGCACAAGUUGCUCAGUGGAAUAACGAAGGUUUACCAACUGAUCGAAUGUCAGCUGAAAACGCGACAAUAUUAACUAAUUCUGCCAGAUGGCCUCUCAUGAUCGAUCCCCAGUUGCAAGGUUUGAAAUGGAUCAAGAAUAAGUAUGGUGAAAAUAUGAAAAUUCUGAGAUUGACACAUCGUAAUUAUCUCGAUAAUAUCGAACUUGCAAUUUUUAAUGGUGAAGUUUUGCUGCUGGAAAACAUUAUGGAAACUGUCGACGCAGUUCUAGAUCCUAUUUUGGGACGAGUUUUAAUAAAAAAGGGAACAGCCGUGAGAAUUGGUGACAAAGAAGUCGACUACAAUUCCAAUUUUCGGCUUCUCCUUCAAACGAAAUUAGCUAAUCCGCAUUAUAAACCAGAAAUGCAGGCACAAACCACGCUGAUAAAUUUUACGGUUACGCAGGAUGGUUUAGAGGAACAGCUUCUUGGAGAGGUGGUUAAAGUUGAGAGACCAGAUCUUGAAUCAACUAAGUCCGAACUCACUAAACAACAGAACAUAUUUAAGAUUACACUUAAAACCUUGGAAGACGAUCUGUUGCUUAGACUAUCGUCAGCUGGGCCAAACGUAUUAAGCGACGUAGCUUUGGUAGAGAAUCUUGAAAAAACGAAACGCACAGCAGCAGAGAUUGAAAUUAAAGUUGCAGAAGCCAAGAUAACAUCAGCACGGAUCGACGAUGCUCGUGAAUUAUACCGACCAGUUGCCUCACGUGCCAGUCUUCUCUAUUUCAUUCUCAACGAUCUCUGCAAGAUUAACAUGCUUUAUCAAUUCUCAUUGAAAGCAUUCAGUGUUGUCUUUCAAAAUGCCAUCAGAUUUGCUAUUGAAUCAGAGGAAAUUGAAGAACGUGUUAAUAAUUUAAUCGAAGGAAUUACUUACAUGGUAUUUGUUUAUACCAGCAGAGGACUUUUUGAAACUGACAAGAUAAUGUUUUUAUGUCAAAUGACUAUUCAGAUUUUUCUACAAACAAAGGAAAUUGAUAGACGUGAGGUAGAUUUUCUUCUUCGUUAUCCAUGUAACCCGAACAUCAUUAGUCCUAUAGAAUUCUUAAGCAAUUCCAGUUGGGCUGGUAUUAAACUGCUUAGUUCUCAAGAGAAUUUCACGAAUCUUGAUAAGGAUAUUGAAGGUGCAGCUAAAAGGUGGAAGUCAUUCGUUGAUUCAGAAAAACCGGAAAAGGAAAAGUUUCCUCAAGAGUGGAAGAAUAAGACGGCUUUUCAGAGACUCUGCAUGAUGCGUUGUCUGCGAGUUGAUCGUAUGACUUAUGCCGUUAGAUGCUUUGUAGAAGAAAAAUUAGGACCAAAAUAUAUCGAAUCGCGAUCACCACCUUUCACAAAAUCGUUCGAGGAAACUAGUUCAAUUACGCCAGUUUUUUUCAUUUUAUCACCAGGGGUUGAUCCACUUAAAGAUGUGGAGAAGUUGGGUCAAAAACUAGGUUUUACUUCGGAGGCACAAAAAUUUCAUAAUGUAUCACUGGGUCAAGGUCAGGAAGUGAUAGCCGAAAAAGCAAUGGAUUUGGCUUCGGAAGAAGGUCAUUGGGUUAUUCUACAAAAUAUUCAUCUUGUGAAAAACUGGCUGGGAAAUUUGGAAAAAAAAUUGGAACAGUUGUCUGAAAAUCCACAUGAAGACUAUCGAUUAUUCAUCAGUGCUGAGCCAAGCAGUGAUCCUCAUGAAUCGAUUAUUCCACAGGGAAUUUUGGAAUCGGCAAUAAAAAUAACCAACGAACCACCUACAGGAAUGCAAGCUAAUAUACAUAAAGCUCUUGAUAACUUUAAUCAAGAAACAUUAGAAUCGUGUACGAAAGAAGCCGAGUUUAGAGCUAUUCUUUUUGCCCUUUGUUAUUAUCAUGCCGUUGUUGCUGAGAGACGAAGAUUUGGUCCUCAGGGUUGGAACAGGAUUUAUCCGUUCAAUUUUGGCGAUCUCACAAUAAGUGUGUAUGUGUUACUUAACUAUUUGGAGAGCAACAACUCUGUACCUUGGGAAGAUCUGCGUUAUCUUUUCGGUGAGAUAAUGUAUGGAGGUCAUAUUACUGAUGACUGGGACCGAAGGCUUUGUCAGACAUAUCUCUUGGAGUAUCUGAAACCAGAACUCGUCGAUGGAGAUUUGAAUUUAGCGCCCAACUUUCCAGGACCACCCAGUAAUGAUUAUAUAGCUUAUCACGAGUAUGUCGAUGAUUACUUGCCAGCUGAGAGUCCCAUAUUAUAUGGGUUGCAUUCCAAUGCUGAAAUUGGUUUUUUGACCGUAAUUGCUGAAAAUCUUUUCCACGCAGUUUUAGAAAUGCAACCUCGAGACGCUAGUAAUCAAUCGGGUGAAGGAAUGUCACGGGAGGAGAAAGUAAAAAAUAUUAUUGAAGAUAUAAUGGAUAAAUUACCAAAUGAAUUUAAUCUCCCUGAAUUAAUGAAUAAGGUUUCAAAUCGAACUCCAUAUGUCAUCGUCGCUUUCCAAGAGUGCGAAAGAAUGAAUAUUUUAUGUGGGGAACUUCGAAGAUCACUGAUAGAAUUAGAACUUGGAUUAAAAGGAGAAUUAACAGUUAACGCCGACAUGGAAGAACUCCAAAACUAUUUGUACUUGGAUAUGGUUCCGCCUACGUGGACUAGGAAAGCGUAUCCCUCAAAUCUUGGUUUGACGAAUUGGUUUGCUGAUCUACUAAUUAGAUAUACUGAAUUGCAAGCUUGGAGUAAUGAUUUUUCGCUUCCAUCAUCAAUUUGGUUGGCUGGAUUUUUUAACCCUCAAUCUUUUCUUACCGCGAUAAUGCAACAGACGGCACGUAAAAACGAAUGGCCCUUGGAUAAAAUGUGUCUUUAUUGCGAUGUAACUAAAAAGCCGAAAACUGAAAUCAAUGCGCCGCCCAGAGAAGGUGCAUAUAUAAACGGUUUGUUUAUGGAAGGGGCGCGCUGGGAUAUGAGUAUCGGCUCUAUCGCCGAGUCCCUACCGAAGGAGCUGUUUCCCCAAAUGCCGGUCAUCUAUAUUAAAGCCAUCACACAGGAUAAGCAGGAAUUAAAGAACAUGUAUGAAUGUCCAGUGUACAAGACAAGAUCUAGGGGACCUACUUAUGUCUGGACUUUCAAUCUUAAAACAAAAGUAAAGUCUACCAAGUGGACCCUCGCCGGCGUUGCCAUCAUUUUGCAGACUUAAAGUUUUCAUUUAUUUAACUUG